AUGUCUGUCCGCGUUUACAGCUGUUUAAUUUUAGCCCACAGAUCGACUAAUGGUACUAUAAUAUCUAUCUAUCUAUCUAUCUAUCUAUCUAUCUAUCUUCGACUCUCCCGUCGAAUUCGACAAAACAAAUUUUUUAUAAACCUUUUCCUGUUUACCUCUCUGAAAACUCUUUCCGUCUAUCUCACUCUAUUUCCUUCUCCCUCUGUUUCUUUCUGUCCUUCUCCCUCUAUCUUUCUUUCCAUUUUUCUCUCUUUCUCAUUUCUCUUUCCCUCUGUCGCCUUCCUUCCUUCUUUUUUCUCUCUUCCUUUCAUUCAGCCUCUCUCUCUUUCGUUCCUUCUCUUGUUUCAUAUCUUCCUCUCAUUCUCUCUCCGUUACUGUGUCAUCGGGCAUGACGACUCUUUCAUUCUCUCUCUGUUUAUUCUUCUCUUUUUUGAUCUAUCACAUGUUGUUCAUUAUCUAUCUAUCUAUCUAUCUAUCUAUCUAUCUAUCUAUCUAUCUAUCACAAGCGCUUCUUUAUCUAUCAAAAGCUCUCAUCUAUCUAUCUAUCUAUCUAAGUUUGUUCAUAUCUAUCUAUCUAUCUAUCUAUCUAUCUAUCUAUCUAUCUAUCUAUCUAUCUAUCUAUCUAUCUAUCACAAGCGCUUCUUUAUCUAUCUAUCUAUCUAUCUAUCUAUCUAUCUAUCUAUCUAUCUAUCUAUCUAUCUCAGUUUGUCCAUAUCUAUCUAUCUAUCUAUCUAUCUAUCUAUCUAUCUAUCUAUUUAUCACAAGCGCUUCUUUAUAUAUCUAUCAGAAGCUUUCAUCUAUCUAUCUAUCAAUCACAAGCGUUUCUUUAUAUAUUUAUCACAAGCUUUCAUCUAUCUAUCUAUCUAUUACAAGCAUAUCUUCUAUCUUUAUAUAUCCAUCUAUCUAAGAUCUAUCUAUCUAUCUAUCUAUAUUAUCUUUUCAUCUAUCUAUCUAUCUAUCAUUAUCUAUCUAUCAAGCUUUCAUCUAUCUAUCAUUCACAAGCGCUUCUUUAUAUAUCUAUCACAAGCUUUCAUCUAUCUAUCUAUCUAUAUAUCCCUCUGUUUGUUCAUAUCUAUCUAUCUAUCUAUCUAUCUAUCUAUCUAUCUAUUUAUCUAUCUAUCUAUCUAUCUAUCUCUUCGGCUUAUACCACUCUUAUCACCUACCUCUUUGCAUUAUGAUAGACACUCUAGCAACGAACUAGAAUUCCCGAGUAGACAACAAUUUUCUUUGUUUUCUGCUUCAUUUUGGUCGUUUGCCGCUAAAUUGAGUUCUUCAUUCAAACGAAGAACAGCGAAAGUCCAGGUCUGA